AUGGCGGGCCUCGUAGCGGGCCAGCAGGGCGCGGAAUCGGGCCAGCUCCCUCCGAGCGGCCGCCACCUCCUGCCUGAGGGCCGCGUUCUCCCGCUCCAGGAAAGCCGCCCGCACCGAGAUCUGGUUCUCCUUCAGCCGCCGCGCGUCCCGCGAGCGCUUGGCCGCCGCGUUGUUCUUGCUGCGCCGGCUCCACACAAGGACUUCAAGGCCGAAGGCACCGCCACUGCCUCCUCUUCCUCCUCCUCCUCUUCCUCCUCCUCUUCCUCCUCCUCCUCCUCCCAGCCGAAAAAGGCGGAGGGCGGCGUGGGGGUGCAAGCGGGGGCCCCCCCUUUUCCCACCCCGGCCGUCCCCCCACCUCCACAGCCCAUCUUUGAGGCCGCCGGCCCUUUCAAUGCGCCCCAGUGGGGCAUCGUGGACCUCUCCAGCCACCAGCACCUCUUCGGGGGGCUGAAACGGGGGGGGACAGUGGCAGUGGCCACAGGGACGGGGGCGGUGGGGACCCCAGCGGCCCCCCCAGGCCCCCCCGAGGGGGUGUCCAAGGAAGAGAAGAGUUAUUUCCGCCGGCUAAAAUAUUUCAUGGAGCGGCGCUUCCCCUGUGGCGUCUGCCAGAAGUCCUUCAAGCAGUCGUCCCACCUGGUGCAGCACAUGCUGGUCCACAGCGGCGAGCGGCCCUACGAGUGUGGCACCUGUGGCCGCACCUACAACCACGUCUCCAGCCUCAUCCGCCACCGCCGGUGCCACAAGGAAGAGGGCGGCGGGGCCGGUGGCAACCCCCCAGCAGUGACCACCACCUCCAGUGUGGUGCCGGCACCCAACGGGGCCACUGGGGUCUUGCCAGUGCCCAACGGAGUGGACCCAUUGGCCACCGGGGUCAACUUGGCAGCCACUGGCGUCAACGCGACACCCAAUGGGGUCAACCCAACACCCAAUGGGGUCAACGCGGCACCCAAUGGGGUCAACCCAACACCCAACAGGGUCAACGCCGCACCCAACGGAGUCAACCCCUUGGCGAGCGGGGUCAAUGUGGUGCCCAAUGGGGUGAACGUGGCACCUGGCGGAGUCAACCCGUCACCCAAUGGGGUCAACACGGCCUUGAGCGGCAUCAUCCCGGCGCCCAACGGAGUCAACCCAGCGCCCAAUGGGGUCAACGUGGCCUUGAGCGGCGUCAUCCCGGCCCCUGGUGGCGUCAUCCUGGCACCCAGCGGGGUUCUCCCGGCCCCCAGCGGGGUGACAUUGGCAGCGGGCACUGCCACCCCGGCGCCCAGCGUUUCCGGUGGCCCAGACGGUCCCUUCACUUGCUCUCUUUGCUGGAAGGUCUUCAAGAAGCCCAGCCACCUCCACCAGCACCAGAUCAUCCACACGGGGGAGAAACCCUUCAGCUGCUCGGUGUGCGCCAAGAGCUUUAACCGCCGUGAAAGCCUCACCCGCCACGUCAAGACCCACUCGGGGCUCCUGCCCGUCCCUUGCGCCGUCUGCGGCAAAGAAUUCCGGGAUCCGGCUUAUCUCCUGCGGCACCAGGCAGCCCACAGUGGCCAGCGCCCCCACUACAAGUGUGAGGUCUGCGGCAAAGCCUACGCUGCCCCACAGAGCCUCCUGCGGCACCGGCAGGUCCAUGCCGCUGGCCCCAAGGUGGCCACCACUGCCGCUGCCGUGGCUACCUACCCCAAGGGGGUCUUGCCGGUCUUCCCUGGCGGCCCCUUCGUGGCGACGGUGGAAGGGGAAGGGAAGGCGGGGGACGGCAGCGGAGGCGCCUUCCUGUCCCUGCCACCGGCGUCGACGGCGUCGGGGAAAAGCUUCGGGUGCGGGAUCUGCGGGAGAGCCUUCGGGCGUCGGGAGACGCUGAAGCGCCACGAGCGGAUCCACACGGGGGAGAAGCCCCACCAGUGCGCUGUCUGCGGCAAGCGCUUCCGCGAGUCCUUCCACCUCCGCAAGCACCACGUGGUGCACACCCGCGAGCGGCCCUACAAGUGCGACCUCUGCGGCAAAGCCUUCGGUUACCCCCAGAGCCUCACCCGCCACAAGCAGAUCCACCGCCUCCCUUUGCCCUGUGGUUUAGGAGUUGGGGGUCCCAACCCCUCCGGUGCCGGCCACCCCCCCGAGGGGCUGAGCUACGGCUGUGGCCAGUGCGGCGAGCGCUUCCCCGACCUCUUCCGCGCCGUCAACCACAAGGAAGCCCACGCUGGGGAGAAGCCCUACGGCUGCGAGGCCUGCGGCAAAGCCUUUGGCUUCAUCGAGAACCUCAUGUGGCACAAGCUGGUCCACCAAACCGCCCCCGAGAGGCUGCUGCCCGAGGCGGGGGUGGGCACCGCGCCACCGGCCCCACCGGCGGCUACCACCGAGGGUGGGCUGCAGCCCCCCGAGGAGCACCCGGUGGUGCCCAGCGGCGAGCGCUUCUCCUGUGGCACCUGCGGCCAGACCUUCAAGCAUUUUUUGGGGCUGGUCACCCAUAAGUACGUCCACCUGGUGCGUCGCACCUUGGCCUGCGGCGUCUGCGGCCAGAGCUUCGCCGGCGCCUACGACCUCCUCCUCCACCGCCGCCGGCACCUCCAGAAGCGCCACUUCGGCUGCUCCGUCUGCGGCAAGAGGUUCUGGGAGGCGGCUCUUUUGAUGAGGCACCAGCGCUGCCACACUGAGGAGAGGCCCUACCGCUGCCCCGUCUGCGGCCGGGGCUUCCUGCGCUCCUGGUACCUUCGCCAGCACAAGGUGGUCCACACUGGGGAACGGGCUUACAAAUGUGCCCUCUGCAACAAACGCUUUGCCCAAUCCUCCAGCCUGGCCGAGCACCAACGUCUCCACGUGGUGGCCCGACCCCAGCGCUGCCAGACCUGCGGCAAGACCUUCCGUUACCGUUCCAACCUCCUGGAGCACCGGCGGGUCCACCUGGGCGAGAAGGUCUACCGCUGCGAGCUCUGCGGCAAGAGCUUCUUCUACCUCUCCUCCAUCCUGCGCCACCAGCGCUCCCACGACGCCCGCCGCGACCUGCGCUGCUCCGCCUGCCUCAAGCUCUUCAAGGACCCCAAGUACUUCAGCAAACACCUCCAGACCCACCAGGGCGGGCGUCCCUUCAAGUGCAGCCUCUGCGGGGAGGCCUUCGGCAACACCUACGGCCUCAAAAAGCACCGCCACGGCCACAAGCUGCAGCGCCCGCCGGCCCCUGCGCACCAGGAGGCGUGAGGAAGAGGAGGGGGACACACACACACAUGCACGGGGAUGAAGGUGGUGGGGAUGGGUGUGGGGCAGGAUAGAACGUCGUGGGGUGACGGGGCUCAAGAUGGGACUCGUCGUGGGGCAAUGGGGUUCGUCAUUGUGCAAUGGGGCUUAAGAUGGGGCUCAUCGUGGGGCGACGGGGCUCACAAUGGAGCUCAUCCUGGUGCAGCAGGGCUCAAUGGCUCAUCGUGGGGCCAUCAUGGUGCACGUGGUGACGUGGGGCUCGUCAUCGUACAAGAGGGCUCAAGGUGAGGCUCAUCAUCGUGCAACGGGGCUCAUCAUUGUGCAACGGGACUCACAAUGGGGCUCAUCCUGGUGCAGCAGGGCUCAAUGGCUCAUCAUGGUGCAGUGGGGCUUGUCAUCGUGUAACGGGGCUCAAGGUGGAGCUUGUCAUGGUGUAACGAGGGUCAUCAUCGUGCAACAGGGCUCAAGAUGGGGCUCAGCACAACUAGUCGUGGUGCAACAGGGCUUGGCAUGGCUUAGUGUGCAAAACAGAUCAUGGUGUGACAGGGCUCACUGUGGUGCAACACGGCUCGGCAUGGUGCAAAAUGGAAGAUCGUGGUGCAACAGUGCUCAAGAUGGGGCUUGUCGUGGUGCAACGGGGCUCGGCACGGGGCUUGGCACAGCUCAUCAUGGUGUAACAUGGACUGGCACGGCCCAUCGUGGUGCGACACGGCCCGUCAUGGUGUAACACACCUCAUCAUGGUGUAAUACGCCCCGUCAAGGUGCGACACGACCUGUCAUGGUGUAACGGCCCGUCAUGGUGUGACACUCCUUGUCAUGGUGUGACACGGCUUGUCAUGGUGCCACAUGGCUCAUUAUGGUGUGACACGCCCCAUCAAGGUGUGACGGCUCGUCAUCGUGUAACACAGCCCAUCAUGGUGUAAAACGCCCCGUCAUGGUGUGACACGGCUUGUCAUGGUGCAACAUGCCCCGUCAUGGUGCGACACGCCCCGUGGUGGUGCACGACGGCACCUCUGGCCCAGCUUGGACACGGGGGAAUCCCGUGGGACACAACCACCCCCUUCCCCAAUUCCCACCCGGACACCUGGGUCCCCCCAUGGUGGGGGGGGGAAUGGGGCUUGA